AUGGCCUUGGAGGAGAAAAAGCUAUUUGUCAAUAAUAAAUACGCGAAAUAUAACCUUGUUAAUGAUAAUAGUAACAUCAGAGUUGCGCCUACUAGAUCUAAUACAUUUCCACCACCACCCUCUACCACCGACCCAUCCUCUUCAUCAUUAGCUAACAACAACAACAAUCCAUAUCUUAAUAGAUCUUCAAGAAGUAAUACAGUGUCAUCUUUUACUUCAACAGCAGCUUCUGCUAGUAAUGAUGAUUAUUGGUGUAGUAGUGUAGUUCAAACUGACCAAAAUAAAAACGAUAAUGAUGAUUAUUGGAAUGUUAAGACUGAAGCUACUGCUACUAACCAGAAUAAUGAUAGUUGGGACAUGAAGAAUAAUGAAGAGAACAACGGAGUCUGGAAUGUAAAUAAUAUUGAGGAGGAUAUUAGGAAUGAAGAUUGGUUGAGUGAAAAUAUUAAUAGGAAAAAGAACGAAUGUUGGAAUAGCAUUGUUGAAAACCCUAAUCAGAGUAACAAUCAAAAGGAUGUAGAAGAUUAUAAUAAUAUCGUUGAAACUGCUAAUAAUAAUGAUUAUUGGGGAAGUGAAUUACAAGAUAAUCAAAAUAAUAACGAUUAUCAAGAUAAUGUUGAUUACUGGAAUAGUACAAGUGAAAACAAGAUUAGUAAAGAAAAUGAUAACGACAACUUGAAUGAAGAAGAUACGGUUUCAAUUCCUACACCAAUUACUACCAUUUCAGCUGUAACUCCACCAAAAGAAGAAAAUCCUAAUAUUAGUAAUGAUAAUGAUUUCAAUCAAUCACUAAUCAAAAAAUUAAAUACUUUAUCAACCAUUGAUCAACAACAUCAUGAUGAAAAAAAAUACAAUAGUCAUAAUUAUAAUCCAAGAAUUAUUAUCGAUAUUAAUAAUGUUAUUUCCAAUAAUACAAUUGAUACUACUGGUAAUACAAAUGGUAAAAAAAUUCAAACUUUUGUUUUGAUUGAACAAAAAUUACUUGAUUUUAGUGACGAUGAAGACAAAUCACCAGCUGUAAAUAAUAAUAGUGAGAAGGAAACAACUACUAACACAGCUACUGCAAAAAAAAAGAGAUCAGCGGAUUUUAAGAUAAUUGAUAUGGAAGGUUUCUUAAGGAAAGACCUAGAAGAAGGAUUAAAAAAAAUGGUGAAUGGAGUAAUGAAUAAAAAUCUCACCUCUUCUAUUACUAUACUUGCCAGCAGCACUGGUAAACAAAAGAUGAAAUUCCUUGAUAUUGCUUCACUUGAACCAAUAAAUGCUGCCUUGGUAUUUGAAAACCCGGAAUGUAGAGUUGUUGGUAGGAUAGAAACUUAUUCAUGCAAAUUGGCUGGAGUUGAUAAAAAACUUUACAAGAAUCUUGAAAGUCAAUGGAACAAUAAUUUAUCACAACAAAAUGCUCAAAGUGUUUCACCCGAUGCUCAUUCUUUCGAUACAAUAAUAUCACCUUUUGGUUCAAUGGAUCAACCUUCUUCACGAAGAACUUUGUUUAAUCUUAUUGCAACUUUGAAUGCUUCUUAUCCUGAUUACGAUUUCUCUGACGUUAAACCCGAUCAAUUUACCAAACAACCGUCGGUUCCAAUGGUGUGCAAUUAUAUCAAUAACACUCUAUUUAAUCUAGGACGUGCUCACAUUAUCAAUGAUCUUAUGCUAUGGCAAACUGUUGAUGAUAUUAUUUUUUUGGACGAGUGUAACAUCUAUUCUUUCAAUCCUGACUCUGAUGCUGAUCCAAAUAGUGACGAUGGUGUUAUUACUACUGCACCAUUACAAGAAGAUGAACCUUUAGAUGAUACAAUUUCUGAAACAGAAGAAAGUGAUAUAAAUGCCAUGUCUUACGAGGAAUAUGUCAUGGGUGAUAUUGAGAUGUAA